AUGUGCUGGGCGCUGGAAAGAGACAGCUUCGCCGGCCGUGGGGAGCGGACGCAGUGGUUUGCUUCCCUACCUUCAGCAGCCCCCACACCCAGCACCAGAAGAACUGUUGCCCUCUGCCCCUGGCUUCAAGGAGGAAGAGAAGGACAAGCUGCUUUAUCAUCUGGAAGGGUGUCGCUGUAUCCUCAGUUGGCCGCAGACCCAGUUCAUGGGCACCCAUUUUGGGCCCUGGCCCUGGUGGCAGUGUCUGUGGGGUAUUUCCUGGCUGACGGUGCUGAUCUGCUGUGGAACCAAACCUUGGGCCAGGCUUGGGACAUUCUCUGUCAUCAUCUGGUGGUGGUGUGCUGCUUCAGCUUUGCUGUUCUGUCUGGCCACUAUGUGGGCUUCUCCAUGGUGUGUCUGCUGGUGGAGGUGAACUCCAUCUGCUUGCAUCUGCGGAUGCUGCUGCUGACUUCUCACCAGAUCCCCUCCCUGGCCUUCAGUGUGACCAGUUAUGCCACCCUGGCCACUCUGGUCCUCUUCCGCCUGGUACCACUGGGAUGGAUGAGUCUGUGGAUGCUCCGAAAGCACCAUCGGAUACCUCUUUCUCAGAUCAUUCUUGGUGGAACUGGGCUGGUCACUGUGGGUGCCAUGAGCAUUAGAAUAGGAGUCCGAAUUCUGAUCAGUGAUGUCCUUCGGCCUCGGCCCCACCCACCCAUCCUUGAACAUGAGGAGACCAGGGAAACCAGGACAUGUGAUCAUGAGCCCAUUACUAGGGAUAAUUUCACUCUGAACUUGAAAAACUAGAGAGAAGUAGCAGGCUCCUCUUCUGCCAGCCCUAUGGAAAUGGGCUAGGAGAUGGUGGCCUUUGCUAUACAGUCUCUCAUGGGCUGGACUAGAUUAUCAGUAUCUCAGAUCCUCUCCUCCUUCCCCCUUCUUAGGAUCUAGGAAGAUAUGCUGACAUUGGUGCUUGGCUGGGAACCUGGAUUACUGUUCACUAAAAUCUAUCAUCAAAAAGAAUAUGAGUGGCCAGGUGUGCGGAGCACACCUGUAAUCCCAGCGCUUGUGAGGCUGAGGCAGG